AUGUCCAACUCUCUCGACCAGCUCAAGGCCACCGGCACGGUUGUCGUGUCUGACUCUGGUGACUUUGCCUCCAUCGCCAAGUACAAGCCCCAGGAUGCCACGACGAACCCGUCCCUGAUCCUCGCCGCCUCCAAGAAGGCCGAGUAUGCCAAGCUCAUGGACGUGGCCGUCGAGUACGGCAAGGCCCAGGGCGGCGACAUCAACUCCCAGGUCGAGCACGCCCUCGACCGCCUCCUCGUCGAGUUCGGCAAGGAGAUCCUCAAGAUCGUCCCCGGCAAGGUCUCCACCGAGGUCGACGCCCGCUACUCCUUUGACACCAAGGAGUCGGUCAACAAGGCUCUGCACAUCAUUGACCUCUACAAGGAGCAGGGCAUCCCCAAGGAGCGCGUCCUCAUCAAGAUCGCCUCCACCUGGGAGGGCAUCAAGGCCGCCGAGAUCCUCCAGCGCGACCACGGCAUCAACUGCAACCUGACGCUCAUGUUCUCCCUGCCCCAGGCCAUCGGCGCCGCCGAGGCCGGUGCCUUCCUCAUCUCCCCCUUCGUCGGCCGCAUCCUCGACUGGUUCAAGGCCCACAACAAGAAGGAGUACGCCAAGGAGGAGGACCCCGGUGUCGCCUCGGUCCGCAAGAUCUAUGACUACUACAAGAAGUUUGGCUACAAGACCAUUGUCAUGGGCGCCUCGUUCCGCAGCACGGGCGAGAUUACCGAGCUCGCCGGCUGCGACUACCUGACCAUCUCUCCCAACCUGCUCGAGGACCUCAUGAACUCGACCGAGGCCGUCCCCAAGAAGCUCGACGCCGGCAACGCCGCCUCCCAGAACAUCGAGCGCCGCUCCUACAUCAAGGACGAGGCCCUCUUCCGCUUCGACUUCAACGAGGACCAGAUGGCCGUCGAGAAGCUCCGCGAGGGCAUCAGCAAGUUCGCCGCCGACGCCGUCACCCUCAAGGGCAUCCUCAAGGAGAAGCUGUCCAAGUAA